UUUUUCUAUCUUCAAAUCGGAUUCCCAACACAUCCAUACAUUAACCGUAGAUCCAAAUGGGCAUGCUUAGUUUUAAGAAGAAUGAUAAGAAAAAGGAUGCCGGGAAGACGAAGCCGGUUGAUGAAGGCGGCGCAAAGAAGUCCGACGCCGGUUCCACCACCGUCGUCUUAAAACUCGAUUUGCAUUGCGACGGCUGCGCUAAGAAAGUCACAAAAUCCAUCCGUCAUUUUGAAGGUGUUGAAUCUGUGAAUGUCGAUAUUGACGGCGACAAAUUGACUGUAACCGGGAAAGUGGACCCUACGAGCGUUAAGGAGCGAUUGGAACAUAAGACGAAGAAGAAGGUGGAGAUUAUUUCUCCUCAGCCGAAAAAGGACGAGAAGAAGGGUGAUGAUAAGUCGCCGGAGAAAAAAUCCGAUGAGAAGAAGACAGAUGCUAAAAAACCUAAAGAGAUUCAAUCGAGCAUGGUGAUGUUGAAGAUUCCACUCCAUUGUGAUGGAUGCGCACAUAAAAUUAAACGAACCAUAUCAAAGAUCAAAGGGGUAGAAUCGGUAAUACCGGAUGCCAGCAAAGAUUUGAUCAUGGUGAAAGGGACAAUGGACGUGAAAGAACUUGCACCAUACUUGAAAGAAAAAUUAAAAAGAGAUGUCGAUAUUAUCCUUCCUAAAAAAGAUGAAAAAGGUGAUGACAAGAAAAAUGACAAAAAGGAGAAAGAUGAAGGGGGUGAUAAGAAAAUAAAAGAAAAAAGUUUAGGUGGUGGCGAGAAGAAAAAAGAAGGGAAGGCGGUUGGUGGUGAUGGUGGUGGCAAAGAUGGUAGUAGAGGCUUAGAGGUGGUCAACAAGCUUGAAUAUCAUGGUCAAAACCCAUACACAUACACGAUACCAACGUAUAAUCAAAGUUAUUACAAUCAAGAUUAUGGGGUUUCAACUUCUUAUAACCAUGGUCUUAUAAACGAGGGUUAUGUUAACCAUGGUUAUAGUAACGAGGGCUAUGUUAACCAUGGUUAUGCCACACAGUAUUUAAACGGACCUGCACCACCUCCUUCUAUGUACCUUCACGACUCUCGUGUUCCAGAUACAGGAAUGUUCAGCGAUGAAAACCCUAACGCUUGUUCAGUUAUGUAAACUAGAUUUAUCAACGAUCAUAUUUCUAAUUAGAGUCUAAUUGAUUCAAUGAGAUUCAUGAUUUGUAUAGGUAGAGUUCAUACUGUCUAAUGACCCCAUAGAUUUUCCUAAUAUAGGUUAGUUUUAUUAAUUUUUUUUUGUUAUUAUGGAUUCAUUGUUUAUGCGAUUUGUUGAAAUCAAUAAAUGUAUAAUUACUUGAAAAUAUAAUAGGAAUUUUUCAGAAAAAAUCUUACAAUUUAGCCUCAUA